GGCCGGAUCGAGCGAGUAGACAGAGUGGGGAACACAGCUACGACAAAUCGGUGGUUCAGUGUUCUCGCGAUAGUCGAGCGGUGUGGAGCGUAAAACUUGCACGCACAGUGUUUAUUUCCUCCUACUGUACCGGAUUAUGCGGUUGUUUUUUUAAUCAAAGAAUUUUUCACACCGAAAAACGAACCGCCCCGUCGAUCAGACGCUUCUCGUUAGACGUUAGACGAUCGCACGAUUUCUUCUCGGCGAUCUUUGUACAACGAUCCUCCUGCAGAAUCAUGCCGGGGAAAGAGGAAAAUGAAAGCUUGGUGAAAUCCAUGGAUAUGUGAUCGCUUUCCUUCUCUCGGAGUCCCAGGUUCGAAGACUCGAGAGCCCGAUGGGGAUGGAACGGUGGCCGGUGCUACGUCUCGUCCUAUCGACAGCCUUGUUGGCGAGCGUACGCGCCGCCGACGACUUUCGAAGCAUCUCCUACGAAGAUCUGACGGAUGCCAGCCUGUUCCAACAGGAGGGCGUGACGACGUAUUCCCAGUUGCUGUUCGACGUCGCCAGGCAACAGGUCGUCGUCGGGGCACGGGACAAUCUGUAUCGGCUGACUCUAAACUCGCUGACGGCGCUCGAGCACGCUUCGUGGCCCGCGCCCGACGACAAGGCCAACACCUGUCAGAACAAGGGACAGAGCGUCGAGGAUUGUCGCAACUACGUCAAGGUAUUGCUCAGCAAUGGCAAGAGCCUGUUCACUUGUGGCACCUACGCCUUCAGCCCUUGGUGCACCUGGAGAGAGAUCGAGAACAUCAGCAGCGUCACCAGCGAGAUGUCCGGGGUGGCGAUGUGCCCUUACUCGCCGCACGCGAACGUUACCGCGCUUCUGGCAAGGGGUUCGUCCGGGGGCCUAUUUACCGGGGCACCGACCGACUUUUCCGGAGCCGAUCCCGCGAUCUGUAGAACGCUCGCCCCGCCGAACCUUCGCACGCAUCAGUACGACUCGCGGUGGCUGAACGAUCCGCAAUUCGUCGGGAGCUUCGAGACCGAGGACCACGUGUACUUUUUAUUCCGCGAGUCGGCCGUCGAGUACAUCAACUGCGGCAAGAAAGUCUACUCGAGGAUAGCGAGAGUCUGCAAAAACGAUCGCGGUGGACAAAUCAUGAUGAGGGAAGUUUGGACUACUUUUAGCAAGGCGCGGUUGAACUGUUCCCUUCCCGGAGAGUUUCCCUUUUACUACGACGAGAUCCAAGGAGCGGUCUAUCAUCCGGAAGAAGACGUCGUUUACGCAACCUUCACCACGCCCGUCAACGGAAUUGCCGGCUCGGCGAUCUGCGCGUUCAGCAUGUCCGCCAUCACCGCCAGCUUCAACGGCCCCUUCAAGCACCAAGAAAACUCGGGCGCCGCCUGGGAACGCAGACCCGUCCCUCACCACGAUAGACAACGAUGCACCGUCUCGGCUAACGUUGCACCGCAUCAGAUCAUCGACAACCAGAGGUACCAGCUGAUGGACGACGCUGUCCAAAGCACCACCCGCGAACCUCUUCAUACCACGAUACUCGAGAGGUUCACGCACAUCGCGAUCGACGUGACGCCUACCAAGUUGCAUCGCAGCGUCACCGUCCUCUACGUCGCCACGGACGUCGGCUUGAUCAAGAAGAUCUCGGUGUUGCCGAGAACGCAAGAGACUUGCAUCGUCGAGGUCUGGGGUCCGCUGCCGUCCACUCCUAUGGUCUUGCAGUUCUUGAAGGACACGCAGAGUCUUUACGUCGGCAUGGAGGUCGGUCUGCUGAGAAUACCUGCUGCUCAGUGCCAUCGACAUCGCAGCCGUCAGGCUUGCCUGAACGCUCAGGAACCGUACUGCGGCUGGAACGAGCACCUGAUGAAGUGCGCCCCGGCUCCGAAGCAAAACCACCUGGCGAAUCAUUGGCAUCAAGAGGUUACCAAGUGCCCGGUACUCACGGACCCCGUGGACGGCGGUUGGAGCGCGUGGAGCUCUUGGUCGUCGUGUCAGCACGGUGUCGGGGAUCAGACCCGUUCGCACUUGCACUCCCACGCCGCCCACUCUCGAUCCGAACACGGCGAGAACACGGACAGCUGUCAGUGUCAAACCCGGGAAUGUAACAACCCGCCGCCACAGCACGGUGGUGCUAAUUGCUCGGGCACCAGGGUCAGGGUUACCAACUGUACCGUUCACGGCGAUUGGACCGCCUGGUCCGCUUGGUCCGCGUGCUCGCAAACCUGCGGCUUCGCGAUGAAGACGCGACGACGUACCUGCACGAAUCCAGCGCCCGCUUUCGGCGGUCGCGUCUGCGUCGGCCACGAUCACGACGAUAUCGUUUGCAUAGAUCUCCCGCCGUGUCCCACCCCCGCCAAGGUGGCCCCGCCGCCCCAGACGGGUCAGUGGUCAUCCUGGGGCGCCUGGAACUCUUGUUCUCGCCCCUGUAACGCCGGGAUACGAAUACGACGAAGAACGUGUGAGAACUCGUCCUCGCGCAAGAGUUCCUCCGUCGUCGAGUGCAACGGAUGUGACUUUCAGGUGGAGGAAUGCAACACGCAUCAAUGCGUCGAGACGAAAAGGUACUCCGGUUGGACUCCGUGGCUGGCGGCAAACACCAGUUUACAAAACGGAAACGUCGGAUACAUCGAGAAGCGUUUUCGAUUCACCUGCCGCGCCCAAACGGACGAUCCCUCGAGCGUUAGAGUGCAACUGGCUAAGGAGGAAGAGCGUUACUGCAGAAACGACGGCUCUUGUCUACGGGGAAACGCGAACCAAAACGGAUACGCGGAUCUCGCGACGGAGAACGGGUGGAGCGAAUGGUCUUCUUGGCGACCGUGCGAUCGUCCUUGCGGCGGAGGAUCGCAACAGAGGGUGAGACAAUGCGAAUCGCCCCCCUGUGAAGGCGGUUUGUCGCUGCAAACCAGACUGUGCAACGCGCACCCAUGCAGGUCGAACGCGGCCGGCUCCAGUGCGGAAGGACAAUGGUCCUGCUGGACCGAUUGGUCCGAGUGCUCGGUCUCCUGCGGCGCAGGGGUUCGCACAAGGACCAGGGAAUGCUUAGCCCCGGAGAGUUGCGAGGGACCGAGGUUGGUGAAAGAAAUCUGCGAGAUGCCCAGCUGCGAGUCGCUGAUCGGUUGGGACACUUGGACGCGUUGGACGCCGUGCAACGACGACCAUCAACAGCACCGAAAACGACAUUGCUUUACGAACGGCGUGCCUGGUACGUGCCUGGGACCGAAUCGGGAAACGCGCGAUUGUUUGCCCGAUUGCACGGAAAACGACGUAAACGCGCGUGCGAGGACGGAACAAUCAGGAGCGGCGAUAGGCGCGAUAGUGGGUAGCUGCGUCGUAGGAUUCCUCGUCGGCUUGGCUCUGACCGCGGUUGCAGCUUUUUGCUACCUGAAACGGCGCCAACAACGGAUCCCCGGCAGUCCGCAUUACAUCAGCAAACAAAAUCCCUACGUAACUGUUCCGUUGAAGGAGGUGAACGCCAAAAGACAGCCCAGUUUCUCCGGCAGCACGAACGGUAACGGAACGCUUCGCGCGAAGAACAAUCCAAACGUGAACGGUCUCGGCAGUCCAAAGUUGUACCCGAAAAGUUUAGACUACGAGUCCGCCACGUUGAAGCGCAACAGCCACGGACAGCAGCAUAUUCGAGUCGAUUUGGAUCAAGACAAGUACUACUGAACGUGCCAUGUGCCACGCACGGGGAAAGUUUAUUCGCCCGAAAGACGGUUUUCGAAUUGAAACGCGCGCGAUCGGACGUUUUAAGUUUCGCUCGGAACGAAUCGCCAUGAAGGCGAGAAACGAGCGGCGAACGAGAACGAGAAGCUUUUCUAGGAUCGCGGGAAACCGCUUGGCAGCUUAACCGAUAACGAUCGAUACUCGACGAGAAGGAAAAAGGUAUUUCAUCGUUUCGUACUCGUUUAUUUUAAAGGACUGACGGUGACGACGACGACCACUUUUGGUUUCCCGUCGAACGAUUUAGUGCCAUUUCAGGUGAGAUUGCGUCGCACGCGCGUACGAAACGAGUUUAUCCGGCUCGCGCGUGCAAACAAAAAUGUACCUAUACGUAUGAAUGUGAACCUGUGUGUGUGUGUGCAUGCUUGCGCGUUAGAAGCACACGGUGCAUCGAUCGCAUCGUUUUAUUGGCUCACAUUGAGUCGCGGCCACGCGUCCACUUGUAUGCGCAAACGAUAUCCGAGAAUAAAAAGAAAAACGAUCGUCCGACCGGUCGAGGCGCGUUCAGUUAAUUGUAAGCGCCGUAAUCCGGACGACCGGUCUUCCACUGCCCGAUAUGUAGUUUGCCACUUCGAAUCGACCAAUUCCGCGCAAACAGCGACGACGUUCCACGACCGAACAGACUUUCCACCCGAGCCCCAUCUAAUAUUCUCUCUACUCUACCGCGAUAUUUCCCAAACGACCCAACGUAUCGCUCGACUCCAAUAAACUCGAUGAUAACGCUCCUA